ACAAACACCGAAAGCCUAUUUUAUAAUUUCACUUUUUUGACUAUUUUUCCUUUUUUCUUUUCACCUGAAAAUGUUUCCUAAUUUUCCAUCAUUUUAUCAAUUCGCAUUCCAUUUUGAUCCGCUGAGAGAAAAUCCGCCGUCGAUUUUCAGAUAUGUCAAGAAUGCACAUGGAAGGAUUUGACAGGCAUGUCUUAUUGCUUGUUUCCAAGAUAUUUAGCUUGAUGUGUUUGAGAUGGAGCAUGCAUUUUUUGGCUUGGGGAUCCAUUCUUUAAGUUCGCAGCAAAUUUCAUAUUGGAGAAGAAGCAAUAAAGCCAGACAACGACCUCUAAGGGUUGUUAUCCUGAUACACAAAAGUUCAGAACAAUGGAGCAAGUGGAAGUGAUUAAACCAGAUGUUGAAAAGAGAGUAGAAAGAAUCUUGAAGCUCAUCAAGAGGAAAAGCAGGAAAAGGGAGCCAGAACUUAUUGGGCAUGUUGAGGAGUUUUACAGACAGUACCAGUCACUCUCUGCGCAAUAUGAACAUCUUAAACGAGAGUCCGUAGAGAAAGUUCUCAAAGGAAAAGGAAAAGGAAACGAAAGUCAUCCCUAUUAUUCAUCCGGCUCGGACUCAGAAUAUUACUCCCCUACGGAUAGAGAAAAUGACACUGACACAACAUUUGAUAAUGAUAGAAGAUUCCAUAGAUGGAUGGCAGAUAACAUCAAGGAAGAACUUAAUCGUGCAUAUGAAGAAGAUGCUGACUUGAAGCACCAAUUGGCCUCUAAGACCGAAGAGAGCGAAGCUUUAGCUUCAGGUCGUCUGUCUGCUUCAAGUAAAACAGAAGAAAUAGAAACCAUCAACAAAGAUGAGCCUAAAAGAGAUUCUGAAGUUGGGAUUGAUGGUAAGACAGCUGAAACUAAACAGCAAGGAGAGACAAAUACCGCAAUGUAUGUGCCGGUUUGGGAGGAAGGAGAUGAAGUAACUAAACUCAUGAAGCAACUCAAAGAAAAUGAAAAGAACCUAACAUCUAGAAUCAACAAUUCAAUGGCACAGGUCUGCAAUCUGAAAAAGGAAGUGGACUAUUUACGUGCUCAACAAUGUGAAGCCAGAGGAAAUGUAAUGAAGCCGGAAUUAGAGGUUCAAGUGAAAACUCUGAAAGAGGAAAACCAAGGCUUACAGGUGCAGGUGAUCGACUUGGAAUCGGAGGUUGAUGCUCUACGCAAACAGAAAAUUACAUCCAAAGAUGAAUUGAGGAGUAAUGUUCAUGAAAUCAAUCGAUUGAAAGAGGAAAAUGCUCACCUGAAUUCAAGAAUUCUAGGACUGGAAGCACUAUUUAGAGAGAGGAGACUUGAGGACUGCCAAACUAAAAGGGAAAAACAAACAACUCAGAUGAGUACAGAGGUUAAGUUGGAUCAUGUGACGGAGAAAAACCAAGUGGAGUUACAGAUUGCAGACCAACAGAGAAUGAUGAAAGAAAUAGAAGAACAUACUAGGAAAACCAUGGAACGUAACCCAAAGCUUAUCAAACAAUUAUCUGCAGGAAACAAGUUAAAUUACAUAGAAAGAAAGAUGGGGAAUUUAGCACAAGAAUUCUACCAGAAACUCAAUGAUAACAUCCGUCUUCUGUGCUUAAGGAUCGCGGUUGCUGAAAAAACACAUUACGAAAACAAAGAGAAUUACAAGAACAUAAAAGAAAGUUUAGAGCAAGAAAACAAAGAACUGAAACAAAAGCUUGUUACUUGUGAAACUGAGUUGACGAAGCUGAUAGAUAAUGCAGAAAAGAAAAGGGAAAAUGACAAGGUAUCGAAUUCAGAAGGACAAAAGUUGAAGCUAUUGAAAGCUGUGAGUGUGCUUGAGAAAAAAGUGGGAGAAUUGGAGAAGAUUAAUAAAGAAAAAGAUGCGACAUUGUUGAGUCGAGAAGAAGAAAAGAGGGAAGCCAUAAGGCAGCUUUGUUUGUUGAUUGAUUAUCAUCGUACCAACUGUGAUUAUCUCAAGGAAUUGGUCUCAAAGUUGACUGUUAGAAUCAAGAAAAAGAUAUGAACUUUUUAAAAUUUAAGAUUUUUUCUUCUUCUUUUCAAAUGUUUAAAUUCAUUCUUUUUUAGAGGAAAGUAACACUGUCUGAACUGUCACCAGUACAUUGUUUCCAUCUAAUAAGUCUAUUUACUUUAUUCA